GCGUUGAACAUCAGAUGGCGCGGCAAUUUUAGUUCUACUUGAAUACACGGGAGUUUCCAUGGACCCUGUCGCCGACGCACCUGGCGCAUCGACCGAGAAACAGAAACAGCUGUCUGUUCGAAGCAACUUCGAAAGUAUCGUUUGUUAAUUGUUGAUUUAGAAUUGUGUAGAUCUUUGUUGCGUUAUUUGUGGAAUGCGAAGUAACGAGGUUUCGGGGUAUUGUGCCUGUCAUCAAACGCGUACUAGUCUGCCCCUUGCUUCACCACUCUUUACCGCUUUAGGCGGUUGCUUCGAUGAUAACGUGCUUGCCUUUUAUUUUUCCGAUUUCUACGAUCCGGAACGUUUCUCCCCCUUUCCUCUCUUUGCUUCUCACUCUUUCCUUGUCCCCACUUGCUCAUUCUCGCGCUCUCUCCCCCUCUAUCUUUCUCUAUUUCUCUUUCAAGUUCUCCGUUUCUCUGUCCUUCAUUUUCCCUCUCUGUUGUUCUAAGUUACUUUCAAGAUCUCUGUGUUCUUCACCAACGAUGUAAACAGACUGAUAUUUUUUGGAGAAAAUUUUCAUUUUUCUACUUCAAUUUAUAUUUGUGUAUACUUGUCUGUUGUUGUUAUUACUCCAACUAUAAUCAUACGUGCACGCAAAUGACGCACCUAUAAGUGAAAUACGCACGCAUCAACAAGCAGCAUUUCUUCGAUGACACUUAGUACCAGUGCGAGCAAAAUAUAAUCUCCAUAAUUAUUGAAUGAUGAAGGAAUCAUUAGUAGAAAUUAUCAAAUAAACAUGGCAUCUCAAAUAAAGAAUUUAAUGGUUAACUAUUAGGCAUAUUAAGGAUAUGCUUUAUAUCAUCAGGAAGGAACUAAAUGAAUGAAUAAAAUUAUAAGGAAUGAUAUUCUAUUUGAAUCUAUUGGAUGUUAGAUAAAGUGAAAAAUGUCUGGUGAUUCAGGAUGGAAUACUGUUAUUCACCAUCCUUCAGAAUUAGAAUUACAGAAUUGGAAUUGGGAAGAAAACGAUGGAGAACAAGAAAGGGAGCUCCCUUCAACUGUUGAUAUGGAUGCUAUAAAGGGUGGUGGUAGCUGGGAUCCAACUACUGAACCUAAUGGAACAGAUUCGGUUGAUUCCGAAGAAGAUUCAGAUUCCGACGACGAAACCUCUGGCGGUACAGAAGGUAGUUGUUCUUAUUCAGAUUCGAAUUCGGAUUCAGACGACGAAAGUAGCGGUGACGAGGAAGAAGAUACAGGAUCCAAUUCGGAUUGUACAUCGGAACAUAGCGAACAAACAUUUUCCAUUCAAAAAACAAAUUUUGAACCGGGAGCGCUUAAAUUAAAAAUCAGUAUGAAAGGUCCAAAAAAAGAGGAUUCGGAAAAAGAAAAAAAUAAAAGAAGCAUACCAAAAAAAGUUAAAACGAAUCGAGGAGGAAAGUCAUCAGAAUGCAGUAGUGAUGAGUCUGACUCAUCCGAAAAUCAUUCAACUUCACAACAUACACAGCAACAACAGCAACAAAUGCAACAAUCUCAACAACAACAACAGCCACAACAGCAUCCAACUCUUCAAGAGAUUAAUCAAGAAGAUUUGGCGGCUAUUUUACCAGAUCAAGAGCACGAAGAUGCUCCAUUUGAUGGAUUUGAAGAUUCAGAAAGUGGUCGGUUAGUAUCGAAAGCUAUCGAGAGAAUGUCUCUCGGUGCAGAUUCGGAUACGAGUGAAAAUGGUGAUCAAAAUCCUGUACCUGUGUAUAGUUCCACUUUAUUACAACAAUUUGUAGAAAAAACAGCUCUGUUAUCAGAACCAAGAAAAAGGCGGAGUAAGUUAGGAAAAAAAUUGAAUGAUUCAGAAUAUCCUUGCGUUUCGAAUGUAUCUCCAGAUUCAGGAAUUCAAUCGGUAGAUAAUAGUCCGUUACAUUUGGCAAUUAGUCCUGUAAGUCCUCCAACACAGACUCAAUCACCGGUGCAACCUGUUGUUACAAAACCUGCAGUAAAUGUAGAUCGUGUUUUAUAUCCACCUAAACGAAAACCUGGUAGGCCAGCAAAGACAGUAUCUACGCAACCCCGUGGACCUGGUAGGCCAAGAUUAAAGCCAGAAAUUGUAGAAAAGAUAGAAAGAAUAGAAAAAACAGAAAAAACUGGAAAAACUGAAAAAAUUGAAAAGAAGGAAACUGUUUCCCAAGCAGUAAAAGUCACAAAAGAAGAAACAACUAAAAGAGGGAAAACAAAAUCUACAUCACAAAAAACUGUUGCAACUCGAACAGAUAAAAAUGAAGAAAAUAAUUCAACUAAAAAAUUAAAAGAGAAACCAACUUGCCAAAAGAAACGGACUUGCAAUGUUUCUAAACAGUGUACGCCGGGAAAAGUAACUGGAAAGAGGAAUAAUACAAGUUCCCCAGCGCGUGUCAAGUGCCUAAGUAGAUCUGUUACGAAUAAGUAUGGAAAAGAGGGAAUUCAAUGCAAUGGUGGGACGUGUAAGAAAAUGAGGAAAGAUAAACCUGGAAUAGGAAAUAAGACAGCUCCUUUACGGCGACAAAAACAAUCGGCUUGUGAACGAAUUUCGAACGAUAGGAAAGUAAUUAAUUCGAAUAAAAGAAGUUUAAAAGAGAAUAGAAGUAGUACUGUUCCCUUAGCUAAAAGACAAGCAUCAUUAAAGAAAAAUGUUGCACCAGUUACGCGACGUGUAUUGAAAGAAAACAAAAGUACUAAAAAAACAACAACUGGAUUUGAAACAAAUGGUGUUGGAGUUCAGACUCUAAUAUCUUUACCUGUUGGUGAAGUAUUAAAGGCUGAAAAAGCUGAAAAUGUAACCAAUAAAUGCGAUAAGGCGACGCAGCCUAUACAUAAUCAUUGUCGCAAACAUCAUCAUCACAAACAUAGAAGACGAUUAUUGUUACCACCUAAAAAUCCUAUACGUAUCCAUCCAUGUCUCAUUCAAGAAUUAGAAAAAUUGAUAGAAGAAUUUUCAAGAUUGUGUAGUUUAGGUAGAAAUAAUUCAAACUCUGGAUAUUCUGAAUUACCCCAAAUUUUUCGUGUAAAAAAAUUAACAAAAAAGAGAAAGGGAGGGGAUGUUACCUCAAACGAUGAUCAGAAAUUAAAAAGACGCCUUAAAAAAGAGAAGAUUCUGUCGGGAACAGAUUCAAAAAAUAAUAUGAAUGCAAAUGCGAAUUCAAAUCCAAACGAACAAAGGUUACCAUUAAAAAAAAGGCAUUAUCAUGUAUCCAGUCCUCAUAGUUCACAAAGUUCGAAUGCAAGUGGCGCCGAUUUGGCUGUUAAUGAAGCGAACUCUACUGAAAGUCAUAUAGAAGAAGCAAUCGAAGCUACAAUAACGAGAUAUGGAAGUAGUUCUGCCUUCUCUUUCCAAGAAGAUUCUGUACCUGUUACUCCUAAGAAGAGGCAUAGGGAUACCGAAACUGGUAGUCCUGAUAAGUCAAAUGCAACAUCUUCCGAUUUAUUGGAAGAAAAACCCUUGAGCCAAAUAGAAGUACAACCGCGUCGUAAAAAGAAAAUUGUCAAGGACCUUCGCGUGACAGUUACAAAAUUACCUGUUGAAAGUCAUGGAAUUUUAGAAAAAUCCGACAAAAUGGAUAAAACUGAGAAAGCUGAUAGUAAAGCAGAAAAAUCCGAGAAAUAUUCCACUGAUAGAAGUUCAAAAUAUCGUGCAGAAAAAAAUAGAAGUGAGAAAAUAGUUGCAGAGAGAAUGAUAAAAAGCGAUAAAAAUCAAAGCGAUAAAAUUGAAAAAAGAGAUCUCUCGCCAGAACAUGUUCGCUUGGAAAAGAAUAUAAAAAUCGAUGCACCGGAAUUUAAUACAACGGAAAGCUUUGAUGAAAGUGAAAUUAAACCAGCACAAAACAAUCUCAAUUCAAAUGUUCCAAAUCCUUUGAAUUCUGCUGCUGUAUUAGUUUUGACUAAGAAAAAAAUGAGACGGCGGAAAGCUAUCAAUCGUACAGGUUUUCCGACAUUAAAAAAGAAGAAGAAAAGAUCUUUAAAUGCAAAUGAUACAUCGACGGAUGCAUCAAAAACUAUGGUUCUAAGCAAUGAAGAUGGUACAGAUGUCGGUGCUAAUGGUGAAAAUUCAACAAAAGAAGGAAUCGAAGAUUCAGUAGUUGACAGUAAAACAAGUGUGUUAAGCAAUACUGAGUUACAAAAUGUAUUUACUGAUGAACUUUCGACUAAACAUAUUAGCAAUGCCAUACAAAAUCGAGUUCAGUCAAAAGUUGAUUCAAUUGCAAAUCGAGAAAAUUCAAAUUCAUCAAAGUCGGAAACGAAUAGUCAUGUUCGAUCUGAAGAACUUUCAGAACCUCGAUCAGGUCAAUUGCGAGUUCGGAAAGAUCUUGUAGAAACAGAUAAUGACAAUACAUUGAAUAAAUUAUGUCCUGUUAAAUUUGAAAAAAUUCAAGAUUCAAAACCAUACGAUGAAAAUGCAUCUUUAGAAGAAUCCCUUGAAAAAUUCACUUCAAAUCAACGCGUUACGGAAUUAAACGAAGAGAAUGUAAAAAGAUUUGAGCGUGCAAAUUCCCAAACGAAUAUCAAAACGGAAAAUUCAAAUUCUUUUAAUGGCAAUCAGAAAAAACGAAGAGGAUCUUCGAGCCCUUGUAAUUUGACUCCUAGAAACAUAAAACGUUUACGAAGUUCUGGUUAUGAUAUGGAGAAUGACAUUUUGCCUAAUAGCGACAUUAACGAUGAUCACGAGGUAGGAAAACAUUCAAACUCGACGCAUUCGAGAAAGAAACAAUCUCGAUGGAAGAAACGUUAUUUACAAGGAGGUAUUCUACAGGAAUAUGGUAAAGAUAUUGAAGGAAAAAUACGUGGUAACAUUGAAAAUAAUAAUGCCACUGGAAGAAACAAAGUUGUAUGUGAAACUACCGAGUCUGCAUCUGCUACGUUAUUGUCUACCACAUAUCAAUGCGGUAAGCUUUUACGACAAAGAAAAAUGCCAUUUCAAUUGCCAUAUGAUUUGUGGUGGUUACAUACACAAUCUAGAUUACCUAGCAGAGAAUCAGUUCCAUCUUGGAAUUACAAAAAAAUUCGUACUAACGUAUAUUACGAUGUCAAACCUACUACACUUUAUGAAGCGCAAGCUUGCGAAUGCAAGCCGGAAAGCGGUUGCGGAGAUGAUUGUAUCAAUCGUAUGGUUUUCAGCGAAUGUUCUCCACAGCUUUGUCCUUGUGGUGAUAAAUGCGAGAAUCAGAAAAUUCAAAAACACGAAUGGGCACCGGGUUUACAAAAAUUCAUGACAGAGGAUAAAGGUUGGGGUGUAAGAACACAACAAUCUAUCAAAUCAGGUGUUUUUAUUCUUGAAUAUGUUGGAGAAGUUGUUUCUGAAAGAGAAUUUAAAUCUAGAAUGGCAACCAGAUAUGCCAAUGAUACGCACCAUUAUUGCUUACAUCUUGAUGGAGGUUUAGUAAUUGAUGGUCAUCGUAUGGGUGGUGAUGGAAGAUUCGUAAAUCAUUCUUGUGAACCUAAUUGUGAGAUGCAAAAAUGGAGUGUCCAUGGUCUUCCACGAAUGGCACUAUUCGCUUCUAGAGACAUUAAACCAGGAGAGGAAUUGACAUAUGAUUAUAAUUUUGCACUUUUUAAUCCAUCUGAGGGACAAGAAUGUAGAUGCGGUAGUAACGCCUGUAGAGGAGUGAUUGGUGGGAAGAGUCAAAGAGUUUCUAAAAGUAUCACUUCUAUUCCGUCGCAAUUAGAACCGACAGAAAGACGAUCGGUUGGAAGACCAAGAAAAAAUGUAAGAAAAUCUAAUGCAGUACAAUCUGUAAAUUCGAAAGGCAUGUGUAAAUCUCGAAAAGUAGGCGAUUCUAAUUUAAUUCAUGCCCCUGCAUUAAAACCUAUGUCUCAUCAACAAAGAUGUUUUGCUCAGCAACAUCAUUGCUUCUUAUUAAGAAAUUUAGAAAAAGUAAGACGAGUUAAGUUAUUAGUAAAUCAAGUACAAAUGCAAAAUGGUAAAGUAAAAUGUGGUAAUGCAACUACUGUAAAAGAAAAGAGUUCAGGUGAUGCUAAAAUUCAAUCUGAUGCAUUUUUCUCACAAUUAACUGCUUUAACAAAUAUAAAUACACGUACUGUACGAACUCGACGACUAGCUCAAGCUCAAGAUGAUCCAGAAGUGAAUAAAACUGCAAAAUUAGCUAAGGUAUUGAAAGAUCUAUAUAGUAUAGUAGCUACUGCAAAAGAUGAAAAUGAUCAAUUAUUAUGUACACCAUUUAUCACAUUACCUUCAAAGAGAAAAUUACCUGACUAUUAUGAAAAAAUAUCAGAUCCUAUAGAUUUAUCAACAAUCGAUCAAUGUAUUGGUACAGGCCAUUAUAAAACUGCAGAACAUUUUGAUCAUGAUAUGAUUAAACUUUUUGAUAACAAUGUAAGAUUCUUUGGGAGAACUUCUGAAAUGGGUAUUGCUGCAGCUAGACUAAGAAAAUUAUACUUGGGAAGUAAACCUGAUUUCGUGGAUGCAAUAACGGAAGCAACUGGUUGUCCACCAUCUCAAGGUUUCUUACCUCCUCGUGGUUCAACCGCGGGUGAAGAAGAUGUUAUCAGAUGUAUUUGUGGUUUACAUAGGGAUGAGGGAUUGAUGAUUCAAUGCGAACGCUGUCUCGUAUGGCAACAUUGUGAUUGCGUUAAAGCUGAUACGAGCAUAGAAUCUUACUUGUGUGAAAGAUGUCAUCCACGACCCGUGGAUUUAGAAAUACCAUUAGAAGGUGAUGAGGAAGAAGAAGGCAAAAAACAUUAUGUUACUUUGAUGCGGGGUGACUUACAACUUAGACAAGGAGAUACCGUAUAUGUUUUAAGAGAUACUCCAGAAAAACAUACAUACAAAACAAUUCAAAAACCUGAUUAUGAACAAAUGGAUAUAUUUAGAAUUGAGAGACUCUGGAAAAACGCAGAAGGUGAAAGAUUUGUAUUUGGUCAUCAUUAUUUAAGACCACAUGAAACGUAUCACGAACCAACAAGAAAAUUUUAUGAAAAUGAAGUUGUGUGUGCUCCACUUUAUGAAGCUGUUCCAUGUGAUUUAGUUGCUGAACGCUGUUGGGUCCUCGAUCCUCAUACGUAUUGUAAAGGACGGCCGGUUGGUUCUACACCAGAGCAUACUUACGUUUGCGAAUAUCGCGUUGAUCGGGCUGCUCGACUAUUUACAAAAGUUGCCAGAGCUAGACAUCAAGUUUGUACGAAGCCUUAUGCAUUUGAAACUUUUCCACAACGCAUUAAGCAUUAUCGUACAUAUUUGCCUCAUAGUCUUGAAGGAAUUCAAAUAGGAAGUAAAAUGAAUAAAGAAAAAAAGAAGUCUAAUAAUCAAGAUGUUGAUAAUAAUCAAAAAUCUGAAUCGAAUGAAAAUGCAAAAACGCACACUAAAGAUCAACAAAAAUCUUCUACGAGCAAAAAUAGACGUCGAUCGAAUGAAAUUUUACCUAUUGUCACACCCGCUACAUCAUAUGCCCAGAGAGAAGAACAAAGAAGACGAUUGAACAAUAUUUUAAUCGGACUAUUACAAAAAAUGCCGAAUAAAAAGGAUCCCUUAGAUUUGUCAUUUUUAUUAGAAAGGAAUAGACGAAAUCGUAAAAGGCCAGGGGGAUUAAAUCCGUGACAUUGGAUUAUACAUGAUCGAUAGGCAUUAUCUAUAUAUAUAUAUGUGUUGUGUGUGUAUAACAUAGAUACGCGCACGACACAUAAAUACCAUAUAGGUAAUAUAUAUCAUUGUUAAUCUCUUUCGCAGUCAACUCUGUAAUUAACGUGAUCGACCGAUCGAUUCUUUCAUUUCGCUAUAAGUAAUCGAUGUCAUCUAAUCCGUUUUAUAAGGAAAACGGUAAACAGUAACGCGUUUUCUUCUCCUUCUUACACUAUGACCCGUCCAUUCAUAUAAUUUAAUCUUAAACAUGAAGGUUACUCCUCGAAGGACAUUGUAUCAAUCAAGAUUUUUCAUAUAUGUUAUUAAUACGUUCAUUACCAACGUUACAUAUGUGUAACGCAUCGAUUUCCAUUGAGUCAGCAUCAUAUAUAUAUAUAUAUAUAUAUAUAUAUAAUCAGAAUUGCCAGCAUGCGAAACAAAAUGGUUGACAGUGACGUAAAGAAUAGAAGAGUGAGGGAACGAUGUUGCUAUAUAUAUAUUGAGCGAUAUAAUGACGUGUAGAAUUUUGAGCUACAUGCUGACAACUCUGUGUAUAGUGAUAAAUAUUCAAAAAAAUAAAGCAUCUAUAGUGGGGAUUUCUUCUCCGCAGCGAACGUAUUAAUACAUAUUUAAAACUACAGAAAAUUUUUUUAUUAGUACAGUAGAAAGUUUUCUAUAGUUUUUUUUUUUUUUUUUUUUUUUUGACAUCAGUUUGACUUAUUAAACGACUUUCUUUGCUUACACUGGAAGUUAGUAUCGAGAUUAAAAUAAGAAAAUGGAUAAAAUUGAACAUCGAUUGUUGAGAAAAUGAUGAUGUUCAAUUGUUUUUUUUUUUUCUUGGACUAUUUUUCAAGUAUUGUGUUUUAUAAAAUUUAUAAAGAUCGCAUAGAGAUACAAUUUGUUUUCGACUCAAAUCGAGAAUAUCAGAUCCUAUACGUGGAAUAAUGUAUCUAACAAAUUGGAUCUAAUGAGAGCUAUUAUUUCUAAUAUAAUUCUAAUAUAAUUAGACUCGCGAAAUUGUAUAAAAGUAAUUUGUAAAUUUCUUUCAUAGUGGAUACACUUAAGUGUACAAAUUAUAUAUUACUCGGGAUUGAGGAAAAUAACAACGGCACAUAUAAGAGAACAAUGAAAUAAGAAAAAAAUCGAAUACAUGUGAGGCUUUAUUGCACAAAAGUACCAUUAUAUUUUUCAUAAUCCCAGUGUUAUUUGAAUUAAGUGUAAUAUAUAGCUUUUUAAAUUAAUAGAUAAAACUUUACUAAAAAAACAUAUUUAAUUUAUUAAUUAUUGUGGUCGGAUAUAGCUAAUUGUUGCUAUAACGACGAAUAUACGCAGGAUUUCGUAUUUAUUAUUACAUUAUACAGUAAAUACAUAUUAUUAAAAGCUAUUUAUAAUAUAAGUCUUAUUUUUAUUAUAUGUUUCUACGUUUUUGCACAGUAUCUGAGGCAUUUUUAUUGAAUGAAGUGAUAUUAUAAUGUCUCAUUUUGUUUUUUUUUUUUUUUUUUUUUUUUUUUAUAUAUAUAAUUUAGAAGCAUACCAAUGUAGCGUAGUUACACCAUGCAAUGGAUUUUUUGUAGUAUGACAGAGAAAGAUGCCUAUCUUCGUAUUAAGUAGAAAUUAGUGAAUUGAGAGUAGAAUUCUAAAUUCUAAUUCUUUUUUGAAAAAAUUUAUGAAUGAUUUUUUAAAAAAAAAAAUAUCAAUGUAAUAUAUUUUUUUCUUAUGCAAAAACGAGAUUAAUAGUACAAUGUAUGUCUCGAAUGAAUGACUAAUACUUUUUCUUUUUUCUUUUUCCUUUUUGGAAAUAAAUUAUAAAAAGAUAUGAUAUUAUUUCAAAAUAUAAGAAAAUUAUUUUAAUGAAUUAUAAAGAUCUAUUUAUAUGAGGCAGCAAAAAAAUUAAAAGAGCUUACGAUUUAUCGGUAAUCUUGCAUGAUAAAAUAUCUGCGCAAUUACACAAAAUGCGUUACAAAUGUCGUUAAACAAACUGUAUCGCGUAUAUGUAAAUCAUUUUGAAUUAACUUAAACCAACAUUUGUAGAUUAACAAGGUCAACAUUGUCGAUUACGUUGACAAUUAUAUUAAGCGUGCGUGAAGACUGAAUUACUGUUACAGGAUAUUUCUAGCAGGUAAUUGCGCUGAUUGAAUCUGGGUUGUAAAUAAUUUAAACUCUAAAUAAAUAGAAGAUAUUUUUUAUUUUUACGAAUAAGUUUGUACACUUCUGUCAACAAGUAAAUUCUCCAAUUAUGAACUAAUUUUGCGAAAUUAUUCUUAUUCGAUCAUAUAUGAAAAACAAAUUUUAUUCAUUAACAUAUAUUUUAAUGUUAUAUUUCAUUAUUUGAUCUUGGUCGACUUCGAAUCGUGGUAAUGUGCGAUGAUGGAGCUUCUUCGUACUUCAAUUUUUACUCUUUUCUAAAACUGCAAGUUUUAAACUUGUAUUUUUUUGUAUGCUGUUUAAAGCUUAAAAAACACCUUAAUUCGAAGUCUCACAAACUGUACAAAGUAUUUUAGAAAAAGGAGGUACAAAGACAAUCAUCCUGUAACUGUGAGGAAACAAUUUUUCAGUGUUAUUGAAAUAAGAGGCAUAAACUAAAAUGAGUAUCAUGUUUUUAUUUGUAAACUUGUUACAACAAGGAAAAAUAUAGCGAAGCGAAGAAGAAAGGGUGGGAAAAGGAAAGAAGAAAAGAAAUAUAAGUAGUUAAAGAAUAUAAUGAAAAAGGUAGUGGUGACGAAAAAGAAGAAGGAGCAGGAGGAAGUACGUUGGGUAACAAUCGCAUAUUGUUGAUUAUAGAGUUACAUUAUAAAAUAUAACAUCCAAUUCGAGAACAUAAUCUGGUGACCUUAUCAGUUUAAUAAAAUGCGCGUACAUAUAAAUCAAAUUCAAUAAUAAUUUAUUCGUAAUACGAUAUUCUUUUUUUUUGUACAUUGUCAUUAGUAUAGAAAGAUAAGACAAAAUCAUAUACAAUAUCACUCUCGCUUUUUAUCGAGAACAAAUUUUUUUUAUUACAUGAUACUUUAACUAUUAAUAUAUAAACAGACUUCCAGUAAACGUUUUGUGUAAUACGUUUGAAAAUCUGUACAUAUUUACAUGUGUUUAUUUCGAGAGCGAUAAUUCAUUGUAAAUAUUUUAAUCUUAAUUCUAACUGCAUAUAGUGUACCCAUACGUGACAUUCUUCCUCUUGAUCGAUUUUUCGAUUAAAAGUCGUUACAAGACGUUAUUUAUACGUUACCCCCUUUUAUUCGAUUUAAAAACUACGUAUUUAAUACGAAUACGUUUCUUUUGUUACGUGCUUUUUCGCGAUGAUUACUUUUCAAUCAUAGUUAUAUAUUAUUACAAUUUAUUUAGUAUUGCAUUUUGCAACGUAAAAUAAUUUCACGUGGUGCAUGUGUAACGGUGCCUUCACUCGACGAAAUCUAAAUUGUUG